ACCAACAUGGCGCAAUCUCGCAGACCUAUUUAUUUCAACGACAAGUCCGGCAAUAUCGACGUAGAUGCCGAUCUCUCAAAUGUGCGACAAUUCCACCAACAACUGCCAAAGUACGCACGAACCCCUCUCAUUCCCCUCAACGACGUCGCGAAGAAGCUUGGAGUCAAGCAUGUCUUCGUCAAGGAUGAGAGCAACCGCCUAGGUCUUCCUGCUUUUAAGAUCCUUGGUGCGUCGUGGGGCUCCUGUCGCGCAAUCAUAGCAAGGACUGGGAUCCCUAUAGACUCGCCGCUUGAGGAAAUUGCACAAGCUGCGCAACAGGAAGGCAUUGUGCUAUUUACUGCCAGCGCAGGCAAUCAUGGGCGAGCACUUGCUACAAUGGCGAGGAUAUUAGGUGUUCAAGCUCAAGUCUACGUGCCCCGCACUGUUAAUGACGAGGCCAUCCGUCUCAUCUCCUCAGAAGGCGCAAGAGUUACCAUCUCAACAAAAGACUAUGAUGGCGCAAUGAGCGAAGCCUGGGAUGAGGCAAGCAAGACCGAAAAUGGAUUGUUCGUGCAGGACGCUGCUUUUCCAGGAUAUGAUGACGUACCAAAGUGGAUCGUUGAAGGUUACUCGACCUUGCUAUCUGAAACAGAGGAGCAACUGCGAGAGCAAGAUCUUGUGGCCAGUCUUGUGGUCACACCUAUUGGUGUAGGCUCGUUGGCGCAUGCUGUUGUUCGCCACUGCAAGUCUAAUGGUCGUAAUUGUGCAGUCAUGUCAGUUGAACCUGAUACAGCUGCCUGCUUAUAUCAGAGCUUGUCAGCUGGCAAGCCAACGCCAGUAUCCACAACAAGAACCAUAAUGGAAGGCAUGAACUGCGGAACACUUUCGUCAACAGUGUUCCAAGAUUUACAGCGGGGCGUAGACGUCAGUGCAACAAUCUCCGACUAUGAGUCACACCAGGCUAUUCAGUAUCUGUCGAGCAACUCUGUCAACAGUGGCCCUUGUGGCGGUGCGGCACUUGCUGCGUUGUGGCGGCUUGCAGAGUCUACAUAUCGGCCUAAGUUGCUCACGGACGAUUCCGUAGUCGUCAUCCUGAGCACUGAGGGACCUCGCGAGUAUGACGUACCUUUGGACGUCUCCAGUGACGAUCCGGUCGAGCUCACACAGAUAUUGACCAGGAUCAACUCGUCUAAUCCUGAUCUAUCCGAGGCUGCUGGAGCUGGCGAAAAUGCAAUCGCGAACCACAUUAAUGCAUGGCUGCAGCAUCGCGGCAUGGAGUCGCACUGGAUCGAAGCUCAGCCUGGGCGCCCGUCCGUUGUCGGUGUUCUGCGUGGAUCUGGUUCUGGGAAGAGCUUGAUGAUCAAUGGCCACAUCGACACAGUUAGCCUGUCGACAUAUACGUCCGGUGACCCACUGAGCGGAGAGUUGAGAGAUGGUCGCAUCUACGGUCGCGGAUGUCUAGAUAUGAAAGCUGGAGUAGCUGCGGCAAUGGCAGCUAUCGCAAGAGUCGCAAGCUCCGGCUCACGUCCAAGCGGCGAUGUCAUUUUGGCGGCUGUGUCAGACGAGGAGAACGUCUCAAAGGGCACUGAGGCUGUGCUGGCCGCCGGGUGGAAGGCCGAUGCAGCACUUGUUACAGAGCCUACGUCUCAAUCUAUCGUGACGAGCCACAAGGGCUUCGUCUGGUUUGAGAUCGAUGUGCUUGGUGUGGCAGCGCACGGUUCUCUCCCCGAAGAGGGCGUGGAUGCGAUACUUCUUGCUGGCUAUUUGCAGACCGCAUUGCUUGACUACGCCAAGACCAUGCCCUCGGACCCUCGAUUAGGACAAGCGUCCUUACACGGUGGUCGAGUGGUGGGAGGCGAAGAGCCGUCCAGCUAUCCUGCAAUUUGCACGCUCACAAUUGAGUUCCGCACAGUCCCCACCCAGUCGCCCGAGUCCCUCGCCGCUGACCUCGACGACCUGCUGAAGAGCAUAGCAAGCAAGAUCCCUCAAUUCAGUUAUAAUACUCCUCGCAUCACCUUCUCGCGCCCUCCCUCCGGAUUAGCGGACGAAAACGAAUUCGUACAGACUUUCAUCUCAUCUGUCUCGAAGACACUCGGUGAUGCUCCGGUACCUGCUGGGAGAGCUUUCUGGUGCGAUGCUGGUUUGCUGAAUGAGGCUGGUAUCCCAUCAAUCGUUUAUGGGCCUAAGGGAGAGGGUCUACACGCUAGGGAAGAGUGGGUGAGCGCUUCAAGUAUCCACGAUGUGACGAACGUGCUUGAGACGAUCAUUCGAGACUUCUGCCAAUAGAUUCCAAUUGCAGUGAUAGAAUUCGGAUACGUUGGAUAAGAAUGCAAAGGAAAUUGUCACCAGGCGAUGAGGUUUCACAAAUUCAAAGUCGUUCUAGGCUUAAUGCCAUGCAGCUUCUGCGACAGCUCCCGGUUCUACAUCUAGUAUUCACUGUGCCGGGUCCACCUCAC